AUGAUGCUACGGUACGGCGCGACGGCCCCAGGUUUGGAGAUGCUGUACAUUGCUUUGGGUGCUACCGGAUCUAUCGCGCUUACGAUAUAUACCUACACUCUUUACUCGGGCCUCAUACUCACUAUGCAGCUACCAGGCUUUGAAUCUCACAUUGAUAUUUGGGUAGCCCUCGCAGCCACGAUUUCCUUGGUUGUCGUCGCCGCAAUGGCUUAUCCAGAUCGUUACUUUGGGACGAAAUCGAGGCCAGACCUGCCUGGUCCUCGUGGAAUACCACUACUCGGCAAUCUCAUCCAGCUCCUCCCUCAUCGAAAGAGGAUGCUGUUUUAUCUGGCAGAACUGGAACACCAAUAUGGGGAACUUUUUACCUUUACGAUGCCUGGCUGGGGACGCAAUAUUGUCAUUAAUCGGCCAGAGUGGCUUGAACACACAAGGAAGCAGGAUGGCGUUGGGUAUGGUAAAGGUCCAACUGCUUUAGCUAUGUUUCGUCAAUUUCCCGGGGUAUCAAGCGCAUUCUCAACCGAGGGGACUCGAUGGAAAGCAUCCCGCCAAGUGACCAAGUUUACUUUUGACUCUCACGUGUCUCGUGCCAUGAGCGAGAUUGUUCCUGUCGCGAAAGAGUUAUUAACGUCAGCGGCAAAAGACGGUCUUGAGGUUGAUUUCGAUAAUUUCUGUGGAAGAAUUGUCUUGGCCAUAUUUUGCAAAACAUCAAUGAGUGUGGAGACUAAUAUGCUCACCUCCGACCCUGCUUGCCUAAGCACGCCCGACAGGAUGAUGGAUGCAGUGAUGACUCUAAAUCACAUAUCUUCAGGACGUCUGUACGAUCCUCUAUGGCAAAUAACAGAAAUAUUUACUGGCACUCGAAGAGCCUUCAACCUGGUUCGCAGUGAACUGUACGACAUAGUAAAUAACAUUAUUCAGGACCGCAAGAUGUCUUGCGAAGACAAAGGCGACUUCUUAUCUACCCUACUUAGCGACUCCAGCCUGGGCGCCAAAGACCCUGACUUUCUUCGUGACACGUUGGUCACUCUCCUUUUCGCCAGUCGUGACAAUACCCAGAAUGUCCUUGGUUGGUCCCUUUAUGAGAUGUCCCGCAAACCAGAGUGGUUCGACAAAAUGCGCGAAGAAGCUUUGGCACUGAAGGAUUUGGAUGGAGAAGUUACCAGAUAUGGUGAAUUGUCGAAAUAUCACAUUCACCUAGCUGUAUUCUAUGAGACAUUAAGGCUUUGGCCUGGCGUUCCCAAAAACGCACGUCUUGCACUUCGUGACGAUGUACUACCUGCGAUACCCGAGUACGGAUAUGGACCCGUUAGAAUAUCCAAAGGUGACUAUAUCUUAUGGUCCGACUUUUCAAUGAUGCGUAACCCGAAGGUUUGGGGCUCUGAUGCUACGGAUUUCAACCCUGCCCGGCACUUGGAUGCUGAAGGAAAGUUUAUAAAGCCUUCUCAGCCAAAAUUCCACGCCUUUGGUUCAGGUCCUCGACUAUGCCCUGGUGCGCAGCUGUCCGCAUAUGAGUUUGUAGCUAUCUGGGCAGCAUUUCUGCCUUCGUUCGAUUUCAAACCGGUCGAGAUGAAAGAUAGACUCCCCACUGAUGCGCUAACGAUGUCUAUGCAGGGCCCAUUUAUGAUAACGGUGAUUCUUGGCCAUAGUCGAUCCUGUGGGAAGAACGAUCACAUUGAAAGGUUGGCAUCGUACAUACAUUAA